CAAAUUUGUCUAUGGAAUCACAGAACGGAAUCUUGUAAAAAGAUUAGGCCAUUUCAUAAAACAAAUGUAUAGUAACUCGCAGGAAACAUCUUCGGGACAGUUGUAUUUAUUUCAGCUUUGCAUUUCAUGUUAAAUUGAAUCGUGAACCGCAUUGUAGGUGCAUUGAAAAGGAUUCAUCUUCAACUGAAGCGGAAGGUUAGCAGUCUCCUUUCUGCAAUAGAAAAGAUUUGGGAAGACGUAAGGCAGUGCAAGCUUAUCCUGUGUAAGCUCACACUUGAUAUCUACUCGCUGGGAGCUCAGGUGUUGUCUGCAGCCGGGGCUAGGAUGUCAGUGCUGAAUCAGAGUGGAGAAGAGCAGGUGGAAUGUCCAUUGUGCAUGGAGCCGCUGGAGGUGGACGACCUUCACUUCUACCCGUGCACAUGUGGCUACCAAAUAUGUCGGUUCUGCUGGAACCGCAUCCGCGAGGGGGAGAACGGGCUGUGCCCCGCGUGCCGCAAGGCGUACCCCGAGGACCCGGCCGACUUCACGCCGCUCAGCCAGGAGCAGGUUGCCGCCAUAAAGACGGAGAAGAAGGCGCGCGAGCAGAAGCGGCGCAACAAGACGCUGGAGUCGCGGCGCGCGCUGGCCAACGUGCGCGUCGUGCAGAACAACCUCGUGUUCGUGGUGGGGCUGCCCGUGCGCCUCGCCGACCCCGAGAUUCUAAAACGUCAGGAGUAUUUUGGCAAAUAUGGCAAAAUUCACAAAGUAGUCAUAAACCAAAGUACGACGUAUGCAGGCUCACAGGGUCCGUCAGCGUCAGCGUACGUGACGUACGUCUCCUCUGCGGACGCUUUACGAGCGAUCCAGGGCGUCAACAACGUGGCGCUGGACGGACGCGUGCUGAAGGGCUCGCUGGGGACCACCAAGUACUGCGCCCACUUCAUGAAGAACCAGCCCUGCCCGAAGCCCGACUGCAUGUACCUGCACGACCUCGGUGACCCCAAGGCGUCGUUCACGAAGGAAGAGAUGCACGCCGGGCUGCACCAGGUGUACGAGCGCAAGCUGCACAGCCAGCUCGACGAGAAGACCAGGGACGGCACCAGUAACUCUAGUACGAAUGGAGAAAAGGGCAGUGCCAAUAAUAAUAAUAAUGUUAAGGAUGGAACCCAAUCGAACUUCAUACCUACGACAGUGGUCACAUCAUCACAUAUUAAUGUAGUUAGUUCAUCUAGAUCGAAAAAGGACAGUAUGAACGGCGGCAGUGGGAGUAGCAGUGCCAGUUCCAACGGCAGUUCUAACGGCAGUAGCAAUAGCAACGGCAACAGCAGCGGCAGCAGCAACGGCAGCGGCAGCAGCAACGGCAGCGGCAGCAGCAGCAGCUCCAGCAGUGGAAGUGGCAAGGACGCGUGGCCGAGCCUCUGCAGCUCACCCCCCGCGGCGGAUACGCCUGUACAGAGCAGCCCCAAGAAUAUACCUACAGCUUCCUCCCUCGAGCCCGGCACGCCAGAAUCCCGCAGCCCCCCGGAGCAGUCCCCCGUGCCGCCGCCGCCCAAGCACAACGAGAGCAAACGCAGCAAAGACAAGAAGAGCAAACACUCCCACAAACAGACCCCCCCGCGCGCCGCCCCCACACCCGCCCCCGCGCCCCCCACACACAGCUCCGUCUUCGAAACAGAAACGCAACAAAACUACCUAACCAACGAACUCGACGAACUAGAAUCAGACCGCCACAGCCUUCUAGAAAACCACGAUUUGUUAGACAACAGCGAUUCACACAGCCUGUUAGAAGACGACACGCAUAACCUCCUAAACGACGCCAACAACGAAGCCCUAAUCAUGCAGAGGCACAGAGAAAUGAUGGCCGGAUUAGUCGACAACACCCACUAUAAACAGCCAAUGGUUAACGGGUUCUUGUUAGAUAGAGAUUCAGUGUACCUAGCCAAUGAUAGGCAGAUUAGUCAAAUGGAGCAGAAAGAGAUGCUGAUGAGGGAGAGGAGAGAACAAAUGCUGCGGGAGAGAGAGAGAGAGAUGAUGGCGCGGCAACAUGCCAUGAUGGAGCAGAAGCACUACAUGCCGGCCGCCAGUAUAGCUCUCGACUCCGCUAGUGAUUUAUUAGGUGCUAAUUAUCAUCCCAAUCACAAUAUGCUUCCAUUCGGUAUGCGUGUAGACAAUUCGUUAACCAACUCCUUAUCCGCUAACUCAAUGUCCUCAAAUCCUUUAGCCGCUAACUCCAUAAACCUCCCCUCAAACCCCCUAUCCGGUAACAGUAUGGGCUCAAACCACAUGGCAGCGAAUAAUAUGAACUCUUUAGGCGCUAGUGCGAUGAAUAUGAACAAUAUGAACAGUAUGGCGAUGGGCGGAAGUGGCAUGGCGCCGUUUUUGAUGCACAAUCAACAGUUGCUACAGAAUCAACAACAGAUGCAUCAGAACGCGAUGGCGAACGGCUUCGAUGGACCUCACGGAUCGUCGGAAGGGCGCUACCUGGCGGAGAACAUGGACAAGUUCUUCACGGACUUCCACAAGGCGCAGCAGAUGCGGCAGCUGCGCGCGCGCCACCCCGCGCCCGAGCAGCACAAGAGGAUGGGCGGCGGCGGGCGCGCGGCGGGCGACGCGGACGACGACCUCGACUUCGACCCGUUCAAGGAGACGCAGAAGGCGCUCGCCGAGAUGAUGGAGACCGAGAUGAUGCAGGGCAGCGUCAGUGGCGGAGACAGUAUGGAUCUCGUUCGUCGCUCGCGCCUGCCGCCGCCCGGGUUCAGCCACGUGGGCUUCCCGCGCCCGCACCAGCCGCCCGCAGGUCUAAACGGCAGCUCAAUGACCGACUGGACGCAAAUGGACCCCGCGAUAAUGUCCACCUCCGUCAACUUCGCCAAGAGCCAGAGCCAGAGCCACAUGCCUCAGAACCACAUGGCUAGCCAGAGCCACAGCCAGAUGAACCACAUGCCUCAGAACCACAUGGCCAGCCAGGCCCAUAGCCAGAGCCAGAUGAAUCACAAUCAGAGCCAAAUGAGCCAGCAGCAAGAGUUGUUCGCUCGCUUCAACCACCUCAGUGUUCAACAGUUGCACGCUAACAAAAUGAGCGGCAACAACUCCGGCGCGGGCGGGCUGUGGGCGGGCGGACACAAGCAGCUGUGGGGCGGGCGGGUGCCGCUGCCGCCCGGCUUCGCGCCGCCCGCCCAGCCUCACCCUGCCGAGUGCAUCGACGCCAAGUAACCGCCCACAACCAGCGGUAGCGCCCCCACGCGAAACAUUAUAUUUUCUAUUUCAAAAAAACACUAUUGUUCCCUUCUUUCCCGUUGGUGAUGUGAUCGAUAAAUCUUUGUAUUAAGAGAGGAUAUUUUAACGAGAGAAAUAUGAUAACAAAGGAUUUUGUAAAAUAAAUUAACAUAUUCGUUUUAUUUAUCUGA